AGGGACAUGCUGAAGACCAGAAGACCUUAGCGUGAAUAAUAAAGUCCGCAAAUCACCAUGACGAUGAGGAACCUUCUAGUUCUCUACGUGGUGUUGGAAGUAGUGAGGUGUCUUCAAUGCAACCACUGCUUGGAGGUGAGCAGUAUUGGUGCUGCAGAAACUAAUGAGCGAAUCACCGACUUUAAGCAAGUGUCGUGCCAAAAUCCAGAAAGUGUAACUUGUGUGGACGGGCAAGAUGAGUGUAUUACCGCAACUGUUAACGUUACAAUAACGUUUUCUGGAGCUGAUUCCACUCUCAUGGUGAUCCCUAUAAACGCUCUCACCCAAAACUGUGGUUCUUCCAAACAAGAUUUCUGCAAGCAAAAACAGGAAGAGUUUGUUGCAACGGUGACAAAAUCCGAAAACUUCCCUGAUGCUAAAGAUGUUAAAUCUUCCGUCCAAUGUGACGAGACAAACACUUGCAAGACUGACGGAUGUGGAAAACUGGAGGCUGCCAAGUCACGUGGUACAAAACUAGCUGCUUCCUCCAUCCUAGCUGUCACACUUUCCUACUUUCUCUCCUUGCUUAUCUAGAUACUAUGAGACAUCUCCUGUUCCAAUUAAACUGCAGGGUUAUUUGAAAUUAAAGAUAA